AUGCCCAAUCCAGAGAGACAUGGGGGCAAGAAGGACGGGAGUGGGGGAGCUUCUGGAACUUUGCAGCCGUCAUCGGGAGGUGGCAGCUCCAACAGCAGAGAGCGUCACCGCUUGGGGUCGAAGCACAAGCGGCAUAAGUCCAAGCACUCCAAAGACAUGGGAUUGGUGACACCCGAAGCAACACCUUUGGGCACAGUUAUCAAACCUUUGGUGGAAUAUGAUGACAUUAGCUCUGAUUCCGAUACCUUCUCUGACGACCUGGCUUUCAAACUGGACCGGAGGGAAAAUGAUGAACGUCGCGGGACUGAUCGCAGCGACCGCCAGCAUAAACACCGUCACCACCAGCACCGACGUACCCGCGACUUAUUAAAAACUAAACAGACAGAGAAAGAAAAAAAAGUGGAAGCCUCCAGUAAGUCGGGCUCGACGAAAGACCGGAUAUCAGGAAGUUCUAAGCGUUCAAAUGAGGAGAAUGAUGACCACGGGAAGGCGCAGAUCUCGAAAAGCAGCAGCAAGGAAUCCAGGUCAUCCAAACUCCAUAAAGAGAAGACCCGGAAAGAACGUGAGUUGAAGUCGGGACACAAAGACCGAAGUAAAAGUCAUCGGAAAAGGGAAACACCCAAAAGUUACAAAACAGUGGACAGCCCCAAACGGAGAUCCAGGAGUCCCCACCGGAAGUGGUCCGACAGCCCCAAGCAAGAUGAUAGUCCCUCCGGAGCUUCUUACGGCCAAGAUUAUGACCUUAGUCCCCCGAGAUCUCACACCUCUAGCAAUUAUGACUCCUACAAGAAGAGUCCGGGAAGUACCUCUAGAAGGCCGUCAAUCAGCCCACCUUACAAGGAGCCUUCUGCCUACCAGUCCAGCACUCGGUCACCCAGUCCCUACAGUAGACGACAGAGGUCUGUGAGUCCCUAUAGCCGGCGACGUUCUUCCAGCUAUGAAAGGAGUGGCUCUUACAGUGGGAGAUCACCCAGUCCCUACGGUCGACGGCGGUCCAGCAGCCCUUUUCUGAGCAAGCGCUCUCUGAGCCGGAGUCCACUUCCCAGAAAAUCAAUGAAGUCUAGAAGUAGAAGUCCUGCAUAUUCAAGACACUCAUCUUCUCAUAGUAAAAAGAAGAGAUCCGGGUCACGCAGUCGACAUUCCAGUAUCUCACCUGUCAGGCUUCCAUUGAACUCCAGCUUGGGAGCUGAACUCAGUAGGAAGAAGAAGGAAAGAGCAGCAGCUGCUGCAGCAGCAAAAAUGGAUGGGAAGGAAUCCAAGGGUUCACCUAUAUUUUUGCCUAGAAAAGAAAACAGUUCAGUAGAGGCUAAGGAUUCAGGCUUGGAGCCUAAAAAGUUACCCAGAGGUGUAAAAUUGGAAAAAUCUGCCCCAGAUACUGAACUGGUGAAUGUAACACAUCUAAACACAGAGGUCAAAAAUUCUUUAGAUACAGGGAAAGUGAAGUUGGAUGAGAACUCUGAGAAGCAUCCUGUUCUUAAAGAUACGAAAGUACAGGGAACAAGAGACUCUAAACCUGUAGCACUGAAAGAGGAGAUUGUUACUCCAAAAGAGACAGAGACAUCUGAAAAGGAGACCCUUCCACCUCUUCCCACAGUUACUUCUCCACCUCCUUUACCAACUACUACCCCUCCACCACAGACACCCCCCUUGCCACCUUUGCCUCCACUGCCAGCUGUUCCACAGCAGCCACCUCUGCCUCCUCCCCAGCCAACAUUUAGUCAGGUUCUUUCUUCAAGUACUUCAACUUUGCCCCCCUCUGUUCAUCCAAGGACAUCUACUCUGUCCUCUCAGGCAAAUUCUCAGCCCCCUGUACAGGUUUCUGUGAAGACUCAAGUAUCUGUAACAGCUGCUAUUCCACACCUAAAAACUUCAACGUUGCCUCCUUUGCCCCUCCCACCCUUAUUACUGGGAGAUGAUGACAUGGAUAGUCCGAAAGAAACUCUACCUUCAAAACCUGUGAAGAAAGAGAAAGAACAAAGACCACGGCACCUACUCACAGACCUCCCUCUCCCUCCAGAGCUCCCUGGUGGGGAUCCAUCUCCCCCAGACUCCCCAGAACCAAAGGCAAUCACACCACCUCAGCAACCGUACAAAAAGAGACCAAAAAUUUGUUGUCCUCGUUAUGGAGAAAGAAGACAGACAGAAAGUGACUGGGGGAAACGCUGUGUGGACAAGUUUGACAUUAUUGGGAUUAUUGGAGAAGGAACUUAUGGCCAGGUAUAUAAAGCAAAGGACAAAGACACAGGAGAGCUGGUGGCCCUGAAGAAGGUGAGACUGGACAAUGAAAAAGAGGGCUUCCCAAUCACAGCCAUUCGUGAGAUCAAAAUCCUUCGUCAGCUGAUCCACCGAAGUGUUGUUAACAUGAAGGAAAUUGUCACAGAUAAGCAGGAUGCACUGGAUUUCAAGAAGGACAAAGGAGCCUUUUACCUUGUGUUUGAAUAUAUGGACCAUGACUUAAUGGGACUUCUGGAAUCUGGUUUGGUGCACUUUUCUGAGGACCAUAUCAAGUCAUUCAUGAAACAGCUAAUGGAAGGAUUGGAUUACUGUCAUAAAAAGAAUUUCCUGCAUCGGGAUAUUAAGUGUUCUAACAUUUUGCUGAACAACAGUGGGCAGAUCAAACUAGCAGAUUUUGGGCUUGCUCGACUCUAUAAUUCUGAAGAGAGCCGUCCUUAUACAAACAAAGUUAUUACUCUGUGGUACCGACCUCCAGAACUUCUGCUGGGAGAGGAGCGUUAUACACCAGCGAUAGAUGUUUGGAGCUGUGGAUGCAUUCUUGGGGAACUGUUCACAAAGAAGCCUAUUUUUCAAGCCAAUCUGGAACUGGCUCAGCUAGAACUGAUCAGUCGACUCUGUGGUAGCCCUUGUCCAGCUGUGUGGCCUGAUGUUAUCAAGCUGCCCUACUUCAAUACAAUGAAACCGAAGAAGCAAUAUAGACGGCGCCUACGAGAAGAAUUCUCUUUCAUUCCUUCAGCAGCACUUGAUUUACUGGACCACAUGCUGACGUUAGAUCCUAGCAAACGUUGUACAGCUGAACAGACUCUACAGAGUGAUUUCCUUAAAGAUGUUGAGCUCAGCAAAAUGGAUCCUCCAGACCUUCCCCACUGGCAGGAUUGCCAUGAAUUAUGGAGUAAGAAACGGCGACGGCAGCGACAAAGUGGUGUUUUGGUAGAAGAGCCACCUCCACCCAAAGCCUCUCGAAAAGAAACUAUCUCAGGGACAAGUGCUGAGCCUGUAAAGAACAGCAGCCCAGCACCACCUCUGCCUGCUCCUGGCAAGGUGGAACCUGGGGCUGGGGAUGCAAUAGGCAUCGGUGAUAUCACACAGCAGUUGAAUCAAAGUGAAUUGGCAGUGUUACUGAACCUGCUGCAGAGCCAAACGGACCUGAGCAUUCCUCAAAUGGCACAGCUGCUUAACAUCCACUCCAACCCAGAGAUGCAACAGCAGCUGGAGGCCCUGAACCAAUCCAUCAGUGCCCUAACGGCUGCCACUUCCCAACAGCAGGACUCAGAGCCAACAGCCCCAGAGGAAUCUUUGAAGGAGAUAGCCCCUGCCCCAGCAGUCCAACCUUCAGCAGAACAGACAACCCCUGAAGCUUCAAGCACACCAGCUGACAUGCAGAAUAUGUUGGCAGUUCUCUUGAGUCAACUGAUGAAAACCCAGGAGCCAGCAGGCAACCUGGAGGAAAACAACAGUGACAAGAACAGUGGGCCACAGGGGCCCCGAAGAACUCCCACAAUGCCACAGGAGGAGGCAGCAGCAUGUCCUCCUCACAUUCUUCCACCAGAGAAGAGGCCCCCUGAGCCCCCCGGACCUCCACCGCCGCCACCUCCACCCCCUCUGGUUGAAGGCGAUCUUUCCAGCGCCCCCCAGGAGUUGAACCCAGCCGUGACAGCCGCCUUGCUGCAACUUUUAUCCCAGCCUGAAGCAGAGCCUCCUGGCCACCUGCCACAUGAGCACCAGGCCUUGAGAUCAAUGGAUUACUCCACCCGACCCCAUCCCAACAGGACUUACGGAAACACUGACGGGCCUGAAACAGGGUUCAGUGCCACUGACACUGAUGAACGCAACUCUGGUCCAGCUUUGACAGAAUCUUUGGCCCAGACCCUGGUGAAGAACAGGACCUUCUCGGGCUCUGUGAGCCACCUUGGGGAGUCCAGCAGUUACCAGGGCACAGGGUCAGUGCAGUUCCCAGGGGACCAGGACCUCCGUUUUGCCAGGGUCCCCUUAGCAUUACACUCAGUGGUCGGGCAACCAUUCCUGAAGGCUGAGGGAAGCAGCAACUCUGUGGUACAUGCAGAGACCAAAUUGCAAAACUAUGGGGAGCUGGGGCCAGGAACCACUGGGACCAGCAGCUCAGGAGCAAGCCUUAACUGGGGGGCCUCAGCUCAGUCUUCUGCUUAUGGCAAAGUGUAUCGGGGGCCUACAAGAGUCCCUCCAAGAGGGGGAAGAGGGAGAGGAGUUCCUUACUAA